ACUACUCUCCUCUACUCGCCGUGCCGUCCCCUCCCCCCUCUUCUCUCUCCUCGCUCCCCACGCCACGCCACGCAGCGCAUCGUCUCGUCUCGUCUCCUCUGAAGGCGGCAGCGCUCGCUGCGAGCAACGAAGGGAGGGAGCGGGGAUGAGGAUGCUGUCGAAGGCGUGCUCGAUCGUGGCCUCCUCCCUCCCGCGCUGCUCCUCCUCCGCCGCCCCCACGAUGAGGGGGCAGCCGUCCUUGCUGCCAAGCGUGCGGAAGCAAUGGCCCGGGAAGCCACUGCUGUAUGGAAUCGGCACCCUCUUGGUCAUGCCACUGAGGACACUGUAUGGAGUGGGUCGUGUUUUUGGCGCAGGGCGGUUCCUCUGCAACAUGACCAGCGUCUCUUCGUCGCUGCAAAUUGAGCUUGUACCAUGCCUUCGAGACAACUAUGCAUAUAUCCUGCAUGAUGUUGAUACUGGAACAGUUGGAGUUGUGGAUCCUUCUGAGGCUAUGCCUAUUAUCAAUGCAUUGGAAAAGAGGAACCAGAACUUGACUUAUAUACUGAACACCCAUCAUCACUAUGAUCAUACUGGUGGAAACUUGGAAUUGAAGGCAAAAUAUGGUGCAAAGGUAAUUGGUUCUGAGAAAGAUAAGGACAGAAUACCUGGUAUUGACAUCACCCUUAAGGAGGGUGACACAUGGAUGUUUGCUGGCCAUCAAGUUCUUGUACUGGAAACUCCUGGGCAUACAUCAGGUCAUGUGUGCUAUUAUUUCGCUGGUUCUGGAGCUAUAUUUACAGGUGACACCUUGUUCAAUCUAUCAUGCGGAAAGCUUUUCGAAGGGACUCCACAGCAGAUGUAUUCCUCACUCCAGAAAAUUACAGCUCUACCUGAUGAUACAAAAGUAUACUGUGGGCAUGAAUAUACCUUGAGUAAUUCAAAGUUUGCCUUGAGUGUAGAACCAGGAAAUAAAGCAUUGCAGGAAUAUGCUGCAAAUGCAGCUGAGUUGCGUAAUAAGAAUAUACCCACGGUGCCAACAACAAUUGGAAGGGAGAAGGAAUGCAAUCCUUUCUUGCGGACCUCCAAUCCAGAAAUUAAGAGCACACUGUCCAUUCCAGAUCAUUUCGAUGAAGAUCGGGUGCUUGAAGUUGUCCGUCGAGCAAAAGAUAACUUCUGACUAACAAAAGGAAAUUCUCGUGACAUAUGACCUAUAUCUUGUUAAAGUUCAGACAGAGAACCUCUAAGUCACAAGAAACAUAGGAGGAAAGGAAGGUAUAUAUUGUUUGAGCUAGAUUUUGAAAUGCUUCGGCAAAAUUAUGUCGAGUGUAUGUAGCUUGGGCAGUGCUUGUCUAUAGCAAUCAGUGAUUCUUUUUACUACUACAAAUAAGCGUGUUCUGCUACCAUCUACUCUCUGUAAAAAACACCACUUAGCUGUUUCAUAGUCAAUCUUCAGUUCUUAUUCAAUACUUUAACUUGGAUACAUUGCCUUUCAAUUUGCAUGUAUCCAUGUUUGUUAGCCGCAUGAAUAUGGUAUCAACAGUGCAAUGCUUCGAAA